AUGAAGACAUACACGGUUUUAUGCGUUCUAAUAUCGCUGACCCUGCUCAAAGCGGAGCUAAGUUGCAAUGAGUUCACUGAUCCUGACGAAUAUGAGAUAUGCAGCCAACGACUUCGCGAUUGGAGGAGCAUCAAAAAGACAUACUAUGAGCAAUGCUGUGAAGCUGUGAAUGGUCAACGAGAUUUGUGCGACAAAUGCGAAGAGGAGGCACAAAACAAUGCAACACAAUCACUAAAUGAAAUGGUGGCAGACAAUGAGUUAACGUUGGGUAAUAAAUGCAACACGUUAAAUGGCAAAUGUAUACCGAGAAAAAAUAACCCGAAUGAAUGCGGAUUAGUUGAUAAGUUUCAACUAAAAUUCUCAACAAAAGCGAACAAUGAAAGGAAGUGA